AUCUCUCUUCAGCCGUAUUCUCCAUUUUUUCUCUUAUCUUUACAUUUUUUUCUUUUAUCCUCAACUUCACGCAGACUGCAAAAUUCCCUUCUUCAUCUCCUAUUUUUUUUUUUUUUCUUUUUUUUUAAUUUGUCUUGUUUCUUCUCUCUAUUUUCACACCGACCCUAUCUCCCAUGUGUAAAUUUCUUUCUAGCUUUGUUUAUUCUUUCUUUUCUCAGUUCUUAGAUUUGUCCAUCUGUCACAUAAAUCCGGCCUCAAAAAACCAAGAUCCGACCACCAAACAUCAACAUCCGGCCACACAGCCCCCAACUCCGACACCUAGCUGCGUUUCGAUAAAAAAACCGGGUUCUAGGGUCGGUUUCCGAAAUUUUACCGGUCGAACCGGGUUUUUCUUUAGACCCCAAUUUUUUUUUGUUUUUUCCGGUUUAAGUGGUUGAAUCGGGCCCCUUUUGCGCCGGUUCACGGUCGGACCGGCCGGUCCGACCCGGUUCUGACAACCAUGGCACCACGUACCAAUCAAAUUACAACCACAAUGUACUCAAUAAACACACGUUCGCAUUUCAUUCACUCCACGACUACACUAAGGAGGGAAUUUCUGGAUUUCGCAAUUGACCACCACUCCCCCGCGCUAAUUUUCGUGGUGGCGACAACAGUUGCUUUUGGUUGGUGCACCGGACACUCAGGAAUUGAAAAAAUGGUUAAUGCGAUUCGCAAUCGAGCUAAUGCAUCAUCUAGCAGAGCUACACAUCCGUCUAUCUCAUUGUCUGUGGAGUCGCAUUCUCAUGGAUCAUUGUCUCCCUUGGAUCAAGAGGAUACCGUUCCACAAACUCCUGAUAGUAACAUUUCUUCAACCAACAAACAGAAUGUUCGAGGGGGCACUCGAGGGAUAGCUCUUCGAAAAUUAAAUAAGCAAAACAAACAAAAAUUGGUUGUUCACAUUGAUGCUAAACACGGAAGACCACUUGAUAGUGUGGAAUCAGCAAAGUUAUCUAGUGAGCUGGGGAUACUCUCUCGCGAAUCGAUGCGUGUACCGGCUAAAUGGAAGGACUUUGAAAAGUCUGAGUUGUCGGUGGCUUUUGAUCAACUUGGUAUGCAUUUAUCCAUCGAUAAUCCAGAAGAGGAAACUAAAGAGAAUGUCUUGGAAUUGUUAAAGCAUCGAAUCAGACACCAGCGACAUAGGUUGAAUAAACAUUUCGGGAAGUUCACUUCGCUGGAGGAAGCAAUUCGAAAUAAACCUUACUUUGGAGGCUUAACUCAAGCGAACUGGGAAUUACUAUGUACUAAUCUUUUUAGCGAUCCUCAGUACCAAGAAAGAUGCAAAAUAAAUAGGAACAAUCGAAAAAAGAUGAUUACAAAUCAUAAUCAAGGCUCUAGGUCUUUUGUAGCAGCUCGCCAUAUACUUAGUAAAGAACUAGAAGAGGAGGAGGAGGAGGAUGAUGAUGAUGAUGAUGGUGAUGAGGAAGUCGAUAGGAUAAAAUUUUACAAACAUUGUCAUUAUAAAGAAGGGAAGGGGUGGGCUACUCCACAAUGUGAAAAAAAUUAUGUGGAAAUGGAACGUCGUAGGACUGAAGUCGAAGAAUCUGGUGAGAAAGUUGAUGCCGAUAAAAUUGCUGAUGAUGUUCUUGGAAGAAGAUCUUCUUACAUUGUUGGACUUGGAUAUGGUCCAAAACCAAAAAAAAUUGCAUCAAAUUCGACUAUGAAAAUGCUUGAAGAACGUUUAAAAGAGAAGGAAAAAGCAAAUUUGGAGCUUAAGGAUAGAGUUGUUUCCAUGGAAACAACUCUUCAAGAGUAUGGUCGUCUCAUUCAACAAUUGAUGGAGUCUCAACAACGUUCAAAGUGGAGACAUUCUACUUGGCGAGAGAAUAGAAGUUAUGCACUUGGUGGAUUUCCUAUCAUCUUAUUCAAGCUCAAAGUAGUAAUGAUGUUUUAGUUUAUAUUUUUUAUUUAGGUUUUCAAAUUCAAUUUGUAAGGAAGACUUUAAUAUUAGGUUGUUAUUUUAGGUGUUUUAGAAUGAUCGUUUGAAUUUUCAUGUCAAUACUUAUUUCAGUUUAGUUUUCAUUUAUUUGGGAUAGUAAUUGACUGUUACUUUUAUAAUAUUUUAUUUAAUUUAUUUGUCUAUUUAUUUA